AUGCCUCGAAAGAAGAGUGACAUCGCUAUAAAAAUGGAGGAUGUGGGAAUGGAAAUUGAUGGGGAGGUGGAGAGUGACAGUGAAGCCACAGCGAAAAGGAGGCAGCAGAAGUCUUCCUCAUCAGCCUCCAGAAACAGUGGAACGGGACGCAAGAGCAGGAAGGCAGCCAGCGAGAGUGAGGAAGAGGACGAGGAGGAGGAAGACGAGCCUCCCAAGAAGAGGAAAGCCAACAAGAAGAAGGCAGCCAAGACCUACGACAGCGAGGAGGAAGAGGAGAGCGAGGACGAGAAGAGCAAGAAACGAAAAAGCGGAACAGGGGCCAACAAGAAGAAGAAGAAGGCCAAGGUGCAGGACAGCGAUGAGGAGAGCGAAGAAGAAGACAGCCACAAGAAAAAGAAAGGAGCCAGCAAGAAGGAGAAGGAGGAGAAAAACAUGAAGAACAAGAAGGAGCAGGAAGAAACCAAAGGCAAGGGAAAGGCCAAAGGGAACGAGAAAGACAAGAAAAAGAAGAACAAACUCAGCAGCUCCUCCGCCUCGGAGGGUGAAUCGGACGAGGAGUCGCUGUCGGAGGGGGAGAUGGCGCGGCUGAAGGAGGAGGUGGAGGAGAAGAAGAAGCUCAUCUCCAACCUGAGGAACAAGCCCUGGCGCAUGAAGAGGAGACUGAAAAGCUUGAAAGAUGCUCAGGAGUUUGUGGAGAAGUUUGAAGGAGCUUUGGGAAAAGGCAAAGGAAGAAAGCUAUAUGCCUAUAAAGUGAUGAUGACAAAGAAAUGGAUCAAGUUUAACAGAGACUUUGAAAAUUUUAAGACAGCAUGCAUACCUUGGGAAAGGAAAAUAAAAGAAGUUGAAAGCCAUUUUGGGUCUUCUGUUGCUUCGUACUUCAUAUUUCUCCGAUGGAUGUACGGAAUGAAUCUGGUCCUCUUUGGCUUCAUGUUCGGACUGGUGGUGAUCCCUGAGGUUUUGAUGGGCCUUCCCUAUGGAUCUAUCCCCCGGAAAACUGUGCCGAGAGCCGAGCAGGCCAGAGCCAUGGAUUUCUCUGUCCUCUUUGAUUUUGGUGGUUAUUGCAAAUAUUCUGUUCUUUUCUAUGGUUACUACAACGACCAGCGGACGAUCGGCUUUCUGAAGUUCAGACUACCACUGUCAUACCUUUUAGUUGGAGUCGGAACCUUUGGCUACAGUCUCAUGGUUGUCAUCAGAACAAUGGCAAAGAACUCCAACGAGGGCGGGGAUGGAGCGGAGGAGGGGGAGUUCACCUUCGCCUGGAAGUUGUUCACCAGCUGGGAUUACCUCAUCGGAAACGCAGAGACGGCCGACAACAAGUUUGCAUCCAUAACCACCAGCUUUAAGGAAUCCAUUGUGGAUGAGCAGGAGAACCAGAAGGAUGAAAACAUCCACCUGAGGAGGUUUCUCCGUGUUUUAGCCAACUUCCUGAUUCUCUGCAGUCUCGGAGGAAGCGGAUACCUCAUUUACUUUGUCGUUAAGAGAUCGCAGGAAUUUGCCAACAUGGAUGAAGAUGAACUGACCUGGUUUCAGAAGAAUGAGGUUGAAUUUGUGAUGUCACUUCUGGGACUGGUAUGCCCGCCCCUUUUUGAAACGAUUGCUGAGCUUGAGGAGUACCACCCACGGAUCGCCCUGAAAUGGCAGCUGGGGAGAAUCUUUGCCCUUUUUCUGGGCAACUUGUACACUUUUCUUUUUGCCUUGUUCGAUGAAGUGAAUGCAAAGUUGGAGAAGGAGAAGUCCAUCAAGAACGCCACGGUCUGGGCGAUGAACGAGCACUAUGCCAAUUAUUCAGCAUACCAGAACACCACGGACAUCCCCCCACCCGACAUCGACCCUGCCGAUGUCAUCAGAGGGCCGUGCUGGGAGACCGCCGUUGGCAUAGAAUUUGUGAAGCUCACGGUGUCUGACAUCCAGGUGACGUAUCUGACCAUCCUGAUCGGGGACUUCCUGCGGGCCCUGAUUGUGCGCUUCCUGAACUACUGCUGGUGCUGGGACUUGGAGGCGGGAUUCCCAUCUUAUGCAGAAUUUGACAUUAGUGGCAAUGUACUGGGACUCAUCUUCAAUCAAGGAAUGAUUUGGAUGGGGGCGUUCUACGCCCCUGGGCUGGUGGGCAUUAACGUGCUGCGCCUGCUGACCUCCAUGUACUACCAGUGCUGGGCGGUUAUGAGCUGCAACGUUCCCCACGAGCGCGUCUUCAAGGCCUCGCGCUCCAACAACUUCUACAUGGGACUGCUGCUGCUGGUGCUCUUCCUCAGCCUCCUCCCUGUCGUUUACACCAUCAUGACCCUGUCGCCCUCCUUCGACUGCGGCCCCUUCAGUGGAAGGCAGAAAAUGUAUGAUGUCAUAAUGGAGACGAUUGAGAAGGACCUUCCUGCUUUUAUGGGGACUCUGUUCACCUAUGCAGCGAACCCUGGCCUGAUCAUACCAGCUGUGCUGCUCAUGGUGUUGGCCAUUUACUACCUGAAUUCAGUUUCCAAAGCGUACCAAAAUGCCAAUAUUGAACUGAAGAAGAAGAUGCAAAUGCAAAGAGACGAGGAGAAGAACCGCAGGAACAAUAAAGACAGCACCAACCAGGUGAUGAAGGACCUGGAGGACCUGCUGCCCAACAAGUCCCUGAUCCCCCCUCCCGUCAUUGAGGAACCUGCUGACAACAAGGUGGAGUCGAGUGCCAAGUCUCCGAAGGUGUCUGGGAAACCGGGAGCAGCAACCAAUGGGAAAGGAGGGGUAGCCCUACAGAGGGAUGUGUCGCUGGCCACGCCCAACCCCCGUGGCCCUGUGACACGCCCUCCUGGCCCCCGACGUCCCGGACCGCUCCCAGGAAAUCCCCGCAUGCAGGCACCGGGGCCCGGGAGGGGCAGGGGGCGUGGCCCACCCCCUCGGCAUUAGUAUGAGUGAGCAUACUCACUCGAGGGACCAAUAGGACUCCUUCAUCCCACAUCGCCAUGUAUGGGCUUUUGCAGCCAGAGUUAAAGAAAUUCAGCUACCCAGAGACUCAGAGCUGCUACCACCACUUCACUGAUUAGUGUCAUUGUGGUGAAUUAGACAACCAUUCGUUUAAAGUCAGACAAACUGGACACCAUCCCUGCUAAAUCAGUAAAUGCACUGAAGGGCAACACAUAUCUCUUUUGGGUCAAGCACACCCAUGAAGGCCUCUGAUAAUGAAAAAAAACAACAACAAAAAAGGAAGUAGGUGGUCCUGUGGUAUGAUGUUGAAAGCUUGUGUGAGAGAGACAGCAUAGUUGCCACAACACUAAGUGUGUUGCUUGUAACAGUGUUUUCGCUGG